GAGGGGAGCGGGCUCCGCUCGGCGCUGCUUUUUGCGACCUGGCCGUCAGCCCCACGUCGCCGGCCUGGAGGGGCGAAGAGGACGAGGGGGCCAAGGCUUCCUCCGGGGACAUUGGCUCUCUGGAUUAUCAAGAAUUUGUAGUUGACAUUGAAUCCAGGCUGAGGAUGGAAGGUGUGGAACUUAAAGAAGAAUGGCAAGAUGAAGAUUUUCCAAUACCUUUACCAGAAGAUGAUAGUAUUGAAGCAGAUAUAUUAGCUAUAACUGGACCAGAGGACCAGCCUGGCUCACUAGAAGUUAAUGGAAAUAAAGUGAGAAAGAAACUAAUGGCUCCAGACAUUAGCCUGACACUGGAUCCUAGUGAUGGCUCUGUAUUGUCAGAUGAUUUGGAUGAAAGUGGGGAGAUUGACUUAGAUGGCUUAGACACACCAUCAGAGAAUAGUAAUGAGUUUGAGUGGGAAGAUGAUCUUCCAAAACCCAAGACUACUGAAGUAAUUAGGAAAGGCUCAAUUGCUGAAUACACAGCAGCAGAGGAAAAAGAAGAUGGACGACGCUGGCGUAUGUUCAGGAUUGGAGAACAGGACCACAGAGUUGAUAUGAAGGCAAUUGAACCCUAUAAAAAAGUUAUCAGCCAUGGGGGAUAUUAUGGGGAUGGAUUAAAUGCCAUUGUUGUGUUUGCUGUCUGUUUCAUGCCUGAAAGUAGUCAACCUAACUAUAGAUACCUGAUGGACAAUCUCUUUAAAUAUGUUAUUGGCACUUUGGAGCUAUUAGUAGCAGAAAACUACAUGAUAGUUUAUUUAAAUGGUGCAACAACUCGAAGAAAAAUGCCCAGUCUGGGAUGGCUCAGGAAAUGUUAUCAGCAAAUUGAUAGAAGGUUACGGAAAAAUCUAAAAUCCCUAAUCAUUGUACAUCCUUCUUGGUUUAUCAGAACACUUCUGGCUGUUACAAGACCAUUUAUUAGCUCAAAAUUCAGCCAAAAAAUUAGAUACGUCUUUAAUUUGGCAGAACUAGCAGAGCUUGUCCCCAUGGAAUAUGUUGGCAUACCAGAAUGCAUAAAACAAGUUGAUCAAGAGCUUAAUGGAAAACAAGAUGAACCGAAAAGUGAACAGUAAGUUUGGCACCUAGUCCAAACAAGACUGAAGAAUGUGCUGAUGGAGCAGUGCUGUUUUUGCAUUCAUAAUGCAUUUAUUGGCCCAUAUUUUUAUGUAACCUGUUACAAAACCGACUUGACUUUUUCAUAAUGGACUUUUGUAUUAUACAAGGGACUGUUCACUGCUGUAUUGGUUUGCAAAUCUCUUGAAUUUAGCUCUUUAAUAGCUAACUGUAUUAUUAUUUUAUAUUUUGUAUUGCUAAAUAGCAGAGAACUACACUAUAUAAAGCAGUUUUUGCAUUUGUUUAUUGAAUGAUGCAUCUUCCGUGAAAUAUUUAUAUGCAUAAAUGGCAAGGGAAAGAUAAUAUAUAUUUUUAUGUUAUUGAGCAAUAUUUUUUAAUGUGUACCUGUCUUAUGGAAGAAAUAUGCAGGUAAAUAAGACCAUGAUUUUGUAAAGUACAUAUUAGAAUUUUUGUUUUUGUAAAUUGUUAAAUACAUUUCCUGAGUAACUUAGAAAAUUAAGUUUCUCAUAAGGCAACAGACGGUUAAACUGAUUCUCAUGAAUUGAAUACCCAAAGAUCAUGUAUAUAAUCGAAGUGUACCAUCCCAAGAUUUUUUUCUUAUUUAACAUAUAUUGUUUCAUAAUUCAGCAAGUACAAAUGCAAGUGCAUUGCACACUUUUUCCUUUUUAAACUUAAAGACAAGUCAAAAAGCCAUUUUUAGAACUAGAGGAUUUAAGAGGCUAGGAAUUGGGGUUUGUGUAUAUGUAUAUAUGGGACAUUUUAUCUUCUGGCCCAAAGUCAGAACUUUAUAAAAAUCUUGAGUUUGUUCACUAAUGUGAAAUAAGCUAUGUGUCCAGGGUAUUGCUCCCCUGAGUGUGUGUGAGUGCUGAGUAGUACUGCAGAGAAUGUGAUGAGUUAUUCACUGUCACAACUUUUUCUAUAGAAAACAGGGGCUGCUUUUUAAACUGCUCUCACUAUGGGCACUUUACCAAAAUACUUCCAUAUCAAUUAUUUGAACUCAGUAGUUGUUUGACCUAGUUAGAUCUGGUGUUUAUUCAAGUUUCUAUGAAAUCAUGUUUGACAAUACUGUAAAUUAGGUUAAUUUUGUAAGUCUGAGAGAGCAUCAUUAUAUUGUGCUGUUUUGGAUAACACAUUUGUUACAAGCAUUUAAACUGUUUCAUUUGGUAAGUACCUUUACAUUGAAAUAAAUUGUGUUUGUGCCUCCAAACA